AUUGGACUAGAGACGUGGAUUGACAGCUCUUCUGCUUUGCUGAUAGGACAGAGAGGGAGAAAGACCCGCCCUGGGAUUUUGUGACGUCACGUAAGGACAAAUUGAUUUACCGCGAGGUCAUUCAGCCUCUCCGAGCAGCCGGUUGAAGCUAAGCGGAGGCGCCAUCUUAAGACACUGAAAGACUCCGCCGGCAGGCAGGACACCACCAUGUACCCGACCGCUCUAACGCAGCUGGCGAGGGGCAACCCGUUCAGCGCCCCCCUUUUCACCCUCCAAAAAGUGGAAGAACCCCAACAGAGCCUGAAUGGACAGACGACCCGCAGGCUCGCUGCAGCCGCAACCGUAGACGAGGAAAUCAGCUGCGAGUUUGGCUCCUCAAAGUACUAUGCCCUGUGUGGUUUUGGGGGCAUCCUGAGCUGCGGCCUAACACACACAGCAGUUGUGCCCCUCGACCUUGUCAAGUGCCGUCUGCAGGUGAACCCAGACAAAUACAAGAGCAUUGGCAACGGCUUCUCGGUGACCGUGAGGGAAGAUGGCGUCAGAGGUCUCGCAAAGGGCUGGGCCCCCACCUUCAUUGGGUACUCCAUGCAGGGACUGUGCAAGUUUGGCUUCUAUGAAAUGUUCAAGAUCCUCUACAGCGACCUCAUGGGAGAGGAGAACACAUACCUGUGGAGGACAUCGCUGUACCUGGCGGCCUCCGCCAGCGCAGAGUUCUUUGCCGACAUCGCUCUGGCUCCCAUGGAGGCUUGCAAAGUCCGCAUCCAGACUCAGCCAGGCUACGCCAACACCCUCAGACAAUGCCUCCCCAAGAUGUUUGCAGAGGAGGGCGUCUGGGCCUUCUAUAAGGGCGUGGUGCCCCUGUGGAUGAGGCAGAUUCCUUACACCAUGAUGAAGUUUGCCUGCUUUGAGCGCACCGUGGAGCUGCUCUACAAGUACGUCGUCCCCAAGCCCCGCAGCGAGUGCAGCAAGGGCGAGCAGCUGAUCGUCACCUUCGUGGCCGGAUACAUCGCUGGUGUGUUCUGUGCCAUCGUGUCCCACCCCGCUGACUCGGUGGUGUCUGUGCUGAACAAGGAGAAGGGCAGCACCGCCGUCCAGGUCCUCAAGAAGCUGGGACCCAAGGGUGUAUGGAAGGGUCUGGUUGCCCGUAUCAUCAUGAUCGGUACGCUGACCGCCCUGCAGUGGUUCAUCUACGACUCGGUUAAGGUCUACUUCCGCCUGCCCCGCCCACCUCCCCCCGAGAUGCCCGAGUCCCUGAAGAAGAAGCUCGGCCUCACAGAGUAAACCCAGAGUUCCUCCUCCACUGAGCGGCAGUCUCCAGAGCAAACGCAUCUGUACCCCCCCCCCCCCACAGUUCCACAAGGCACUCUGCAGUUUUCUAUAUUUAUGUUGUCAGCCCGCGCUGCUCCACACAGAGCCGAGGGCUGCAGCGCCUCAUGAUUUAAAACAAAGAAAAGAAGCUGAAACUGUUUCUCCCGGCCGAGUAAGAGUGGCGGAAAAUGUUCCUCUGUAGAAACACCAGUAAGGUUUUAUCAUUUGCUGUUAUUAGAAUAUGGAAAUUCUAAUUAAAAUGUUUCCCUGAAAAAGUCUGUUUCU